UAAACAUCUCUCCAGCAAGUGUACAGAAACCACUCUGCCUCCCUUCCCUCUUUGAUCUGAAUACCAGCAGUCCACUGAGGGACACACAGGUGUGUAACAGCAUGAAGUGCCUGAACAACCGGGCCGACAGCCAUCUGACCGGGCAGGUGGAGCUGGACAGCAUGGGAAACGAAGCCUGGGUCAACCACGGCUACUGUGGCUCUCCUCCGGCCCUGCCUCGAGCUGUCAGCACCAUCUACAACCCCCAGCCCCUCUUCCAGGGCUCUAUGGACAGUAUGUACAAACUGGACACCCCAGGCCCGUUCCCAGAGGAACCAGCAUCCACCGGCCAAAGUCUGGUGAAGAAACCAAGAGGCUGCUGCUCUUUUAUCAAAGGCUUAUGGGGCACAACCUUGACUGAAAACACCUCAAACAACAGAGAACUGUUUGUCCGAACCACGCUACGGGAGUUAAUGGUCUAUCUGGUGUUCCUGGUGGAUAUAUGUCUCUUGACAUACGGUAUGACCAGCUCGAGCACCUAUUACUACACUAAAGCCAUGACGGACCUGUUUGUGAAUACAGCCAGUGAGAGUGGAGUUAGGUUUCAGUCCAUUAGCACCAUGGCUGACUUCUGGACUUAUUCCCAGGGCCCGUUGUUGGAUGGCCUCUACUGGACCAAAUGGUACAACAACCAGUCCUUGGACAGCGGAGACCAGUCGUUCAUCUACUAUGAGAACAUGCUGCUAGGAGUCCCCAGAAUGAGGCAGAUCAAGAUCAUGAACAACUCCUGCAAGGUCCACAAAGACUUCAGUGAUGAGAUAUUUGGCUGUUUCGAUGUUUACAUUGACAAGAAGGAGGAUGACCUUAACUUCGGACUCAUCAACGGCACCGCGUGGACCUACCACACAGAGAAAGAAAUCAAAGGUUCUUCCCACUGGGGCUUGCUGACCACAUACAGUGGAGCGGGAUACUACCAUGACUUGGGUCGCACUAAAGAGGAGAGCACCAUCGUACUGCAGGAACUGGUGGACAACCUGUGGCUCGACCGAGGAACCAGAGCAGCCUUUGUUGACUUCUCCACUUACAACGCAAACAUCAACAUGUUCUGUGUCAUCAGGUUGGUUGUUGAAUUUCCUGCGACUGGUGGUGCAAUCCCUUCCUACCAGAUAAGGACCGUGAAGCUAAUUCGCUACAUCACCAACUGGGACUUCUUCAUCCUCGGCUGCGAGAUGGUCUUCUGUUUAUUCAUCCUCUACUACAUUGUAGAGGAGAUUAUUGAGUUGCGAAUACACAAGUUCUCCUAUUUUAAUAGCAUCUGGAACAUUCUGGAUAUUGUUGUCAUAAUGCUCGCCAUCGUUGCCAUUAUAUUCAAUAUUUUCCGUACCAUAAAAGUGGACAACCUGCUCGGCAAACUGCUAGAAGAACCCGGUAUCUACGCUGAUUUUGAAUUUCUGGCCUUCUGGCAAAUGCAGUACAACAACAUGAAUGCAGUGAACUUGUUCUUUGCAUGGAUCAAGGUUUUCAAGUACAUCAGUUUUAACAAGACCAUGACUCAGCUGUCUUCCACACUGGGUCGCUGUGCUAAGGACAUCUUGGGCUUCGCCAUCAUGUUCUUCAUCGUGUUCUUCGCCUACGCUCAACUUGGAUAUUUGCUCUUUGGGACAGAGGUUGAAUCUUUCAGCACCUUCGUCAAGUGCAUAUUCACACAGUUCAGGAUCAUUCUUGGAGACUUUGAUUACAAUGCCAUCGACCGUGCAAACAGAGUUCUAGGGCCGAUCUACUUUGUCACCUAUGUGUUCUUUGUUUUCUUUGUUCUACUGAACAUGUUUCUGGCCAUCAUAAACGACACAUAUUCUGAAGUGAAGGGAGAGCUGUCAUCGCAAAAAGAUGAGCUCCAGAUUACAGACAUCAUCAAACAGAGCUAUAUGAAGACAUUUACAAAGUUGAAACUUAAAAAAGAGAAGAUAUCAGAUGUUCAGAAGGCGAUACGCUCUGGAUCUGGAGAAAUUGAAUUCAAAGACUUCAGAGAAACUCUGAAAGAGUUGGGACAUGCUGAUCAUGAAAUUUCUGCGGCCUUCUCACGGUUUGACCAUGAUGGGAACCAAAUUCUAGACGAGGACGAACAAAAGAGGAUGACAAUCGAGCUGGAGGAAAAGAGGGAUGCUCUUAGCGCUGAACUCAACAAUCUUGGGAUAAAUUACCAGAAAGAUGUACUGGAGAAGCCUCCUGUAACAUCCAACAACCAGAAGAACCACUCCAGUCCUACCUUUGUGGAUCAGGAAGAGUUUCUAAGACUGGGAAGACAGGUUCUCCAGCUUGAAAGCUCUGUGGCGGGCAUCACAUCCAGGAUGGAGCUAAUUAUGGAGAAACUGGGAUUACAAGAGAAAGCUAAAGGGAACAAAAUGACACUGACUAGUGAUGACACGGCCUCGGAUGGGAGCGUCCUGGUUUGUGUGGACAGAGAGACGAAGACUAAGACGUCAUCGAGGAGACUGGGGGUUCCCCCUAAAUCCACAUUCAACUCUAAAAUAUGAGCAAAUAGCUUGAUACAGAAUAAUGGGUUGCAUGGAAGUCAGCUGACAUGUGAGGAUGAAAGAAUCCCAACGUAUUUUGCAUCACAACUUUCCAAUGUUCAAAGUCAGUUAAAGUCACAAUCUGAUCAAGAUCUGUUUCCUGUUUUUUGGUGAUAAGCAGAAGUAGCAGGUGUUUUUGGACCUUUAUUACAGAUCUCUAUAGGGUAAACGUUGGCAAUAUAUUUGACACUCUGCUCCAGCUACUCAUUUCAUGGAAAUGUGUAAAUACUGUAUAAAAACAAUUUUGAAAUUCCUUGCUUACGAGGUUACUCCCCUAGAGCUAAUAUAAUAAACUGGUUCAGGUUGAAGCUCAGAUAUGUAGAAAACUACAAUGUAUGUUUUAGAUGAGACAUGGAUGUACUUCUACGUAUUAUUAACGUUGUGUAAUAUACAUUAUUUUAACAGUAGGUUAGAAAAGUUGUGUAAUAUAAUCUGAUAUUAUGCAGGGGAUGUACCACCUAACAUUAGACUAAGUGACGCUUGCUUUGCUUUAGUCAUUUCAUGUUUAUCAAUGUUCAAGUUCUAUGACAGUUGCUCAAAAGCUUUUGACUUCCUUCAGUUAAGUGAGAUGUAUAGCUAUAAUAAAUAAUGUUUCAUGUUUAUAUGGAA